AUGAGGUGCGCUUCAUUUUUGUUAGGUUUGGUCCUCUUUGUGUCCGUGCAUUGUCAGAAUUACAGUCUACCCGCGGCGAAAAAGUGUGAUCCGGAGAAAUGCAAGUUGCCAAGCUGUAGAUGCUCAUCCACUGAAAUCCCUGGAAACUUGAAACCCCGCAAUACACCACAGUUCGUUUUACUCACAUUCGAUGACGGCGUGAACGUAGUGAACAUCGAAACCUACCGUGAUAUUCUGUACAACAGAGUCAACUCCAACAAGUGUCCCAUCGGUGUGACGUUCUUCGUCAGCCAUGAGUACACAGACUACAGCCUUGUCAACGAGUUAUACAACCGGGGCUUUGAAAUCGCUCUUCAUUCGAUCACUCACAAAAGUAAUCAAACAUACUGGAAAGAAGCGACCCUUGAAAAUGUCACCAGAGAAUUUGUAGAUCAGAGGAUUCUAAUGUCCCGUUUUGCAAAUAUUCCCCGAACAUCUAUGCAAGGGAUCCGCAGUCCUUUCAUUCAGUUGUCGGGCGACAGUACUUUUCAAAUGAUAAAAGACAACGGUUUGACUUACGAUUUGAGCUGGCCGACCGUCAGGUUUACGGGCCCCGGUCUCUGGCCCUAUACUCUCGACUACUCUUCCAUCCAGGAUUGCAUCGUCCCUCCUUGCCCUACAGCGUCUAUUCCAGGUGUUUGGGUCAUUCCCAUGAUUUCCUGGACUGAUCUGAUGGGUUUCCCUUGCUCUUUUGUUGAUGGAUGUUAUUCCACUCCCGACUUAAAAGACGAAGAUGCUUGGUUCCAAUUCAUCGUUAGAGCAUUCGAAAGGCACUACCUCGGUAAUCGUGCUCCUUUCGGAUUCUACGUCCACGAAGGUUUCGUUAGAGUCAAUCCAGCAGUCAAAAGGGCUCUGGUUCGCUUCAUAAAUAUGAUCCAAAAUAUGCACGACGCAUUUUUGGUGAAUGCUAAUGAGGUCGUCAACUGGGUGAAGAAUCCGGUUCCUCUGAAUGAGUUUGUGAAACAGGAUUGUCCUCGCUUUGUCCCAGCUGCCUGUCGUCGCACGACAUGCUCGGGUCUGAGAGAGGAGGAAAGCGGCGAUGGCGAAGCGAUUACAAAGAGGGACAUCGAUGAUUUAUUGGCUGUUUUGAAAGAUAGUGAUGUGUUUGAAGAUGGGUUGGAUCAUGACAAUGACGAUGAGGAAGGAUUUUUUAAUAAGGCCAGAGAAAUCAUGGAGGAUUUGCAAGGAGAAGACAUUGCCAACGACGAUGAAACUUGUGAUGAACUUACUCCUGAAGUUGGACAAGUUUCAGAAGACAGCGGUCAGCCUCACAUUGAUGACGAACAGGAUAUUCAGUUUGACAAAAGAAAACUAAUUUGGAAAAUAGGUUUGGUCCUCUUUGUGUCUGUUCAUUGUCAGAACGACAGUCUACCCGCGGCGGAAAAGUGUGAUCCGGAGAAAUGCAAGUUGCCAAGCUGUAGAUGCUCAUCCACUGAAAUCCCUGGAAACUUGGAACCCCGCGAUACACCACAGUUCGUUUUGCUCACAUUCGAUGACGCCGUGACUACAGUGAACAUCGAGACCUACCGUGAUAUUCUGUACAACAGAGUCAACUCGAACAAGUGUCCCAUCGGUGUGACGUUCUUCGUCAGCCAUGAGUACACAGACUACAGCCUUGUCAACGAGUUAUACAAUCGGGGCUUUGAAAUCGCUCUUCAUUCGAUCACUCACAAAAGUAAUCAAACAUACUGGAAAGAAGCGACCCUUGAAAAUGUCACCAGAGAAUUUGUAGAUCAGAGGAUUCUAAUGUCCCGUUUUGCAAAUAUUCCCCGAACAUCUAUGCAAGGGAUCCGCAGUCCUUUCAUUCAGUUGUCGGGCGACAGUACUUUUCAAAUGAUAAAAGACAACGGUUUGACUUACGAUUUGAGCUGGCCGACCGUCAGGUUUACGGGCCCCGGUCUCUGGCCCUAUACUCUCGACUACUCUUCCAUCCAGGAUUGCAUCGUCCCUCCUUGCCCUACAGCGUCUAUUCCAGGUGUUUGGGUCAUUCCCAUGAUUUCCUGGACUGAUCUGAUGGGUUUCCCUUGCUCUUUUGUUGAUGGAUGUUAUUCCACUCCCGACUUAAAAGACGAAAAUGCUUGGUUCCAAUUCAUCGUUAGAGCAUUCGAAAGGCACUACCUUGGUAAUCGUGCUCCUUUCGGAUUCUACGUCCACGAAGGGUUCGUUAGAGUCAAUCCAGCAGUCAAAAGGGCUCUGGUUCGCUUCAUAAAUAUGAUCCAAAAUAUGCACGACGCAUUUUUGGUGAAUGCUAAUGAGGUCGUCAACUGGGUGAAGAAUCCGGUUCCUCUAAAUGAGUUUGUGAAACAGGAUUGUCCUCGCUUCGUCCCAGCUGCCUGUCGUCGCACGACAUGCUCGGGUCUGAAAGAGGAGGAAAGCGGCAAUACUUAUUACAUGAGAAUCUGCAACAGAUGUCCCCGAGUCUAUCCUUGGCUCAACAAUCCUCGUGGUGUCUAA